AUGGUUUUGCAAACAACGGCCGCCGACGUCGGCAAACGCACAAUCACAGCGGCAGCAGCUCUUCGCCCACAAUUGACACACUGGCUGCUGAUCCUGAUGCCGAUGCUGCUCAUGUUGCUCGGUUCGAACUGCCAAAUGGUGCAAAGGAACGUGCCGGGACAGGCGACAGGCACCAUCACUUUGCUGGACUUGCCAGGAAAUGCGACGGCAGCAGGUCAUCAUCCGCAACCAGUGUACUACCUUCAAGAGCGGCAGGCCAGCGGCGUUUUCGUGUUCUACCGGCUAGCUUUCUGCGCCAAAAUGUCGACGGAUGACAUCCCGACUGGAGUUCCGUUGGUAGUUGCGUACGACAACAUCACGGACGGCGUCAUGUACUCUUGCACAGCUCCUAUCAAUUCCUCGACACUCGAACCCUCAACGGAACUGGAAAGUCGGCACAGGCGCGUGCUGCUGGGCGAGUCCAUCACCACUCCCCGGGCACCCCGCAUUUUGGUGUACGUCACCACCUGCUGCGGCUACGCGGGGGGUCCCUCCACUAUGCCUGAGGACUACCAUCACAGAAUUAUGCUCCUGCCCAAGAGCUUUUCGAUGAAGGUGCCGGGUCUUGCCACACUCGGCCGGUAUCUUAACGCGUCAACUGCCAUCAACAAGUGGGGCAGCGCAUUGGUCUGGUGGAAUGGGGACUAUGCUACUGAUCUGGAGCUGCUGCUGCAUGAGAUCGGUCACAACUACGGCAUGGCGCACGCCAAUGUCCCGGGUGGCUGCGAGCUAAGGGACCAAUGUGACCACACGUGCACCAUGGGGGCCGUUGGCGGCCAGGCCAUUCGCUGCCUGAAUGCGCCCCAUAACUGGCAGGUUGGCUGGGGCAGGCCCUUCCUACGGCUCGGCAAUUCGGAGCUGUCUGUUGGCAGAGCUGUUGCCACCCGCAUCCCGCCCCAGCUGAAUACAACAGACAGCUCCGUCAUGAUUACGGGAAGUGGCAUGCACCCCAACAUGAAGAUCUUCAUCUCAGCGCGUCUCAACGUCUACCCCUACGACUUGCCCUGGAACUUCUGGGAAGACAGCAGGCGCUUGCUCCUCAUCCACACAUACGAUGGCACGGACAAGACGCCUAGCGCGCCAACGGUCUUGGCAGCCGAGAUAGGAGUCGGGGAAACUUGGCGUGACCCCGCCAGCCGCCUUGUGGUGCGGUUUGAUUCCUGGAGCAAUCUUACGGGUGCUGCGGUGCGAAUCUGUCGCCGUGUUUUCGAAACCGAGGUUAACUGCCGCAACGGUCUGGAUGACGACUGCGAUUUCUUGCUGGACGAUGAGGACCCAGAUUGCGACGUCAGCUACGCCAGCAUGAGGGACCCCAGCAUGCGGGCUCCGCCGAUGCUGUCACCGCGGCCAAGGCAGUCGUCACCGAAGCCAUCACCGCUGCCGCCAACACCGAACCCGCCCCCCCCACCGCUUCCAUCUAAACCGCCACCGCCUGCGCCCCGACGCGCCAUCAGCCCUAGGACAGCGCCACCUCCGCCGCGAUCACCUCCUGUGGCUUCGGGCACACCGAAUCCAUCGCAACCGUAG